AUGGCGGCGACAUCCUAUUCCACAGACCCUACUCUAUAUCUCUACACCUCUCUGACUGCCGGUUCUUCCCAUAUAAUCACAGCCACCUCAAGAUUAGAAACAAUCCUCAAGGCAAACAAAAUACCCUUCCGGGCACUAGAUUGUGCCACAGAUGAAAAGGCUCGUAUGCUAUGGGGAAGAAGGUCCAAGGGCAGAAAGCUUCCGGGCCUCGUAAAAGCGGGAACCAUCAUCGGUGACCUAGAACAGAUUGAAGAAUGGAAUGAGUACGGCGAGCUCAAAGAGCAGAUUGCCGCAGCAGAUACCGGCGUUUCCAUGACAAGCACACCAUCGAAUCUCACCGCGGAACCACCUCACGUAAGACCGACCGCAAGCACAACCUCGUCAGGACCUCCCUCACGAGCCUCAUCGGAGACUCGCCAUAUCUUGAUUUCCGAUCCCAAAGACAAAGAGAGCGAGAGCGCAGAAAAGCCCAGCGAACCUCCCCUCAACGUCGCGAUGCGGCAACUAGGCGCUGAGGCCGCCGCCAAAGCAGGCCAGAAGAAAGCCGCUACGGCACAGGCAGCUAAAGCACCGACCAAACCUCCUGACAAUACCGAAACAACACCCGUACCCGCGACGACCAAACUAAGUCCAGACGUAGCUGUCGAGUCACCAGAGACUGCCACGGAAGUGACUGCAGCAAAGACACCAGCCCAACUAGCCUCCGAGGGUGCAAAGAAGACGUCUGUCGAUAAGAUUGCGGAAGUCGAGGGCACAGCCACGACGGAGACAGAGUCGUCAUCGUCAUCACCAUCAACAGAAGCGCAGCUCGUGGAGCAGAGGAGACAAAGUAGUAUUACCAAGCAGAAGUCGCGGCUGAGUGAGUCAACGCCCCUUGAGCACAGUGAGAGUGUACUGGAGGAGGAAGACAAGAAAGAGGAAGAAAUGGCGGUGCCAGCAUCAGAAGUCAGUGCGGACCCGCCUAUGGAUAUGCCGAAACAGCAUCGUGGGAGUGACGUUGGGACCGCGAGUGCGGAGGAGAUCAAGGCGGUUGAGAAGGAGAUGCGCAUCCCAGAGAGUGCCGAAGAACAUGAGGUGCCGACGACAACAGAGGAGAAGGGUGUCACGAGUACGGAUGAGGCGGAGGCCCAGGCCUCUGUCCCUCAUGAGGAGGGUGCCAAGGAUGCUGAUAAAGCUGGUGUCAGUCUUGGUGAUUGA